UAGGAAUUCAAGACACUCGUAGAAGCAUCCAGAAUGAGUCUCCCUCCAUUUUUCACGCUUCAUAGAAGCGCCUAGAACCCACCAGUAACAACCACGCCCUGCCCUCCGCCGGUAUAAAAACCACUCUCAUCCUCCUUCCCCGUCAUCAGAUUGAUUUCAUUCUGUGUUUCGCUAAGCAUUUUUCUCUUAAAUUCUCAAGUAACCUUUCCUGCUUUUUCUUGAAUCCUAGUUAAUCGGUGGCAAUGGCGGAUGUGCAAAUGGCAGAUGCAGAGACGUUCGCAUUUCAGGCUGAAAUCAACCAAUUGCUCAGUCUGAUUAUCAAUACGUUCUACAGCAACAAGGAAAUCUUCCUACGAGAACUGAUUAGCAACUCUUCCGAUGCGUUGGAUAAGAUCCGAUUCGAGAGCUUGACGGACAAGAGCAAGCUCGAUGCGCAACCGGAGCUUUUCAUCCGGCUCGUUCCAGAUAAGGUUAACAAAACCCUGUCCAUCAUUGAUAGCGGAGUCGGAAUGACCAAAGCAGAUUUGGUGAACAAUUUGGGGACGAUUGCGAGAUCUGGCACAAAGGAGUUCAUGGAGGCGCUACAGGCCGGUGCUGAUGUGAGCAUGAUUGGACAGUUUGGUGUCGGUUUCUAUUCGGCCUAUCUUGUUGCUGAGAAGGUGAUUGUCACCACUAAGCACAAUGACGAUGAGCAAUACAUUUGGGAAUCCCAAGCUGGUGGCUCAUUCACAGUCACUAGGGAUGUCAAUGGUGAACAACUGGGUAGGGGGACUAAGAUCACUCUCUUCCUCAAGGAAGACCAGAUGGAUUACUUAGAGGAGAGGAGGAUCAAAGAUCUUGUGAAGAAACACUCCGAAUUUAUCAGCUAUCCAAUCUAUCUGUGGACGGAGAAAACAACUGAAAAAGAGAUAAGUGAUGAUGAAGACGAUGAACCUAAAAAGGAAGAGGAAGGCGAUGUGGAAGAGGUUGAUGAAGACAAGGAGAAGGAGAAAGGAAAGAAGAAGAAGAUCAAGGAGGUUUCACACGAAUGGGAGCUCAUCAACAAACAGAAACCAAUCUGGCUCAGAAAGCCAGAGGAGAUCACCAAAGACGAGGUGUUCAUCAUGGACAACUGCGAGGAGUUGAUUCCUGAAUAUCUCGGAUUCGUGAAGGGUGUUGUCGACUCCGACGACCUUCCACUUAACAUCUCCCGUGAAAUGCUUCAACAAAACAAGAUUCUGAAAGUUAUCAGGAAGAAUCUGGUCAAAAAAUGCAUCGAGAUGUUCAAUGAAAUCGCUGAGAAUAAAGAGGACUACAACAAAUUCUACGAAGCGUUCUCGAAGAAUCUAAAGCUCGGCAUCCAUGAAGACAGCCAGAACAGAUCAAAGCUAGCCGACCUGCUCCGGUACCAUUCCACUAAAAGCGGCGAUGACGUCACCAGUCUGAAAGACUACGUCACCCGUAUGAAGGAAGGACAGAAGGACAUCUUCUACAUCACAGGCGAGAGUAAAAAAUCCGUUGAAAACUCUCCUUUCUUGGAGAAGCUUAAGAAGAAAGGUUACGAGGUCCUGUUCAUGGUGGACGCCAUCGACGAGUACGCCGUCGGACAGUUGAAGGAAUACGACGGGAAGAAGCUGGUGUCUGCAACUAAAGAGGGUCUAAAGCUUGAAGACGAGACGGAGGAGGAGAAGCAGAAGAGGGAGGAGAAAAAGAAGUCGUUUGAGAAUCUGUGCAAGACGAUUAAGGAGAUUCUGGGAGACAAGGUGGAGAAAGUGGUGGUUUCCGACAGGAUUGUGGACUCGCCGUGCUGUUUGGUGACCGGAGAAUAUGGAUGGAGUGCAAACAUGGAGAGGAUAAUGAAGGCGCAGGCGCUGAGAGACAGUAGCAUGGGGUCGUACAUGUCUAGCAAAAAGACGAUGGAGAUAAACCCUGAUAAUGCGAUAAUGGAGGAGCUGAGGAAGAGGGCGGAGGCCGACAAGAAUGAUAAAUCGGUGAAGGAUUUGGUGAUGUUGAUUUUUGAGACUGCUUUGCUGACGUCAGGGUUUAGUUUGGAGGAUCCGAAUACAUUCGGAGGGAGAAUCCAUCGGAUGUUGAAGCUGGGUUUGAGUAUUGAUGAAGAGGAAGGAGGUGAUGACGGUGAUGAAGUUCCGGCUUUGGAGGAGGAAGGCGGCGAGGAGAGCAAGAUGGAGGAGGUGGAUUAG